AGAAGAAUUCUGCCUCCCAUCCCCAGAAAUGUUAACCAUCAAGUUGCCUCAAAUCUUCAGGGUCCACCAGGUACCUCGGAUUUUCUGGGAAGAAGGCAUUAUGUCAGGGUACCGACACCCCAGAAGCUCUGCCUUGGAUUGUGUUCUCAGCUCCUUCCAACUGAACAACGAAACGGUCAAUAUUUGGACACACUUCCUUCCAACUUGGUAUUUCUUAUGGCGGUUCGUGAUGCUCUCCUAUAGCCUGGACUUCUGGAGUGACACCUACAGCUGGCCAUUCCUGGCCUACAUGACUCUCGUCUGCCUCUAUCCGUUCACGUCUAGCUGCGCUCACACCUUCAGCACCAUGUCCACACGUGCGCGGCACAUCUGCUAUUUCCUGGACUACAGUGCCCUCAGCCUCUACAGUUUGGGCUGUGCAUUUACAUAUGGCGCCUACGCAAUGCCCGACUGCUGGGUCAACGGCCUGUGGCACCACUGCUUUGUCCCCGGGGCCGCCAUAAAUUCCUUUAUCUGCACCAGCCUUUCUUGCUAUUCUCGGUUCCUGGAGCUGGAGUGGCCCCGCUGGAGCAAGACUGCCAGGACCGCUGCCUUCGUCUACCCGUUCUUCUUUGACAACGUCCCGCUGUUCUUCAGGCUUUUGUUCUGUUUUGGGGAUGAUUGUGCGUGGAACAAUUCUGUGGCUGGUUACUUCUAUCACCUUUUCUUUGCCGGGCUCACCGGCUUCCUCUUCGCGUCUCAUCUGCCGGAACGGCUAGCCCCUGGUCGCUUUGAUUUCAUUGGUCACAGCCACCAGCUGUUUCACAUCUGCGCAGUGGUUGGCACCCAUUUCCAGCUGGAAGCGAUUCUGGGGGACAUGCACUCUCGGCGGGCCUGGCUCAGCAUCCACACCCCACCGGCCAUGUUCACCCACACCUUUGCCAUCCUGGGUGCCACCUUGCUGGGGAACCUCUUCCUCGUUGCAGCCUUUGCCGUGGCCCUCUUCCGCUUGCCGGCCUCCAUCCGGAUCCUCCAGGGCACCCUCCCUGAGUCGGAGGGAUCCAAGGACAAGUAGGUUGCCCAGGGAUGC